GAACGUCUGCGUAAACGACGUUUGUGAUACUGUGAAAUAGUUUCAGAGACCUCAUUUUUCCCUGUGCAAAAGGACAGCCAACGCAAGGUUUUUCCCCUCCCUCGUUUUACCUGAAGUCUUGCAAGCAGCACCAUGUUUGCUGUAAGAAACGCUCUUCGCCUCGGCUCCAGGCUGUCCAUCCCCGCCGUGGCGAGGAGGGGAUGUGCUGGAGCUGCCAUCCCCGUGGACGACGUAGUGAACGGACUCACAGACGAGCAAAUACAGCUAAGGCAGACAGUUCGUAAAUUCUUCGCAGAAAAGCUUGCACCUUAUGCAAAUGAGAUCGACAAGACUAAUGAUUUUCCAGGAAUGCGGGAUUAUUGGAAAGCAAUGGGAGAGAUGGGACUGCUUGGCAUCACUGCUCCAGUGGAAAAUGGGGGCACUGGAUUGGGCUACUUAGAGCAUGUUAUUGUGAUGGAGGAAAUGUCACGGGUGUCAGCAGCCAUUGCUCUCAGUUACGGCGCCCACUCGAAUCUUUGUGUCAACCAGUUGGUGCGACAUGCCAAUCCGAAACAGAAAGAGAAGUACAUGCCGAAGUUAAUGACAGGAGAGCAUGUUGGAGCUCUGGCCAUGAGUGAGCCUAAUGCUGGCUCUGAUGUUGUGUCCAUGAGGCUGAAAGCCACAAAGAAAGGUGACUACUAUGUACUUAAUGGCAACAAGUUCUGGAUCACGAAUGGGCCAGAUGCAGAUGUCCUUAUUGUUUAUGCCAAGACGGAUCCUGAGGCACAUCAGAGAGGCAUCACAGCUUUCAUUGUAGAAAAGGGUAUGCCAGGAUUCUCUACUGCACAGAAGCUUGACAAACUUGGCAUGAGGGGAUCCAACACCUGCGAGCUGGUCUUUGAAGACUGUAAAAUCCCAGAGGAGAACACACUGGGUCCUUUGAACAAAGGUGUAUAUGUGAUGAUGAGUGGUUUAGAUCUGGAGAGGCUCGUACUUGCAGCUGGACCAGUUGGCAUAAUGCAGGGAGUUUUGGAUGCUGCUAUUCCUUAUCUUCAUGUCAGAGAAGCUUUUGGACAGAAAAUUGGACACUUUCAGCUGAUGCAAGGCAAGAUGGCUGACAUGUACACCAGGCUGAGCUCCUGUCGGCAGUAUGUGUACAAUGUGGCCCGAGCUUGUGACAAAGGACACUCAAGUGCAAUGGACUGUGCCGGAGUGAUCCUGUACUGUGCUGAGAAUGCCACUCAGGUUGCUUUGGAUGGCAUUCAGUGUUUGGGUGGAAAUGGCUACAUCAACGACUACCCAGUGGGGCGGUUCCUACGAGAUGCAAAGCUGUAUGAAAUCGGUGCAGGCACGAGUGAAGUCCGCAGGAUGAUCAUCGGACGAGCCUUCAACUCCAUGUUCAAAUAGAUGGGAAAGAAAUGGCAAAGACUGACUGAGUGGUUUGUUGUGAAUGAAGUUAAUCAUACCUGGGACCUUACUGUAAGUUGUUGCUGCCAUUCAGAUGGUUUUUACAUGGUUCACUGGCAUCUUAUUCACGUACAAGACAUUGUACAUAAACUCACUCGAGUUGGAAAUGACGUUAAGCUGUGGCCAACAACAGGCACAAUAUAUUAAAUUUCAGUUUUCAUUAUGUGGCCUUGAUGAUUUGUCUUGUUUUUUGUUGGGGUUGCUGUUGUCUCACUCUAAGUUACUGAAUAACAACUGAAUUCCAAUAAUGCAAUAGAUCAUAAUAAUUGAACCGUAUAAAUUGGCAGGUUGCUGCAUGUUUAAUCAAACACUCCUACCAGAGCUUUACAGCAGCUGCUCCUUAGAACAAGUUAUGUAAUGAAAAUGUAAAUUCAUGUGCUCUGAGGCUGAAAACUGGCACAUCCAGCUUGAGUGUUGUUCCAGUUAAAGUCACUACAGUUUAAUAAUUUAUUUUUCCAUUUCACCAGUAUUUUUUUUUUUUAACUUUCCAUCUGUAACUAUAAGAUUUUCUAUGUAAAGUAACCGUUCUUCAAAUCUUCAAAAGCUCCGUCAUGAUUUCAAUGCAAAUGGAAAUAACCGAAACAGCUGAAGUCUGUGUAUUUCUUCAUUAGCAUUAGUAUUUGUCUUUACUUUUAGGUAGAAAUAUAACUGUUUUCAGAAUUGGUUCUUCUAUAUAAAUCUUCUGUAAGCUGUUUUUGUCCCAUCUGUGAAGGUCUGAUUUUCCAUAUGAUGUAGAUGUACAGUAUGAAAUUGUAUGAAAUAUAUUAGUUUCGUUUGCAAUAAAUAAAAAUCAAAGAAUUUU